GGUGGGGGCUGGGGGGACUGGCCUUGUGUUUUGGAACAGCUGCUGCCGGCGCUGGGCCCGCCUGGAAUGCGGGAACAGGCUGCGCACCAGGACUUUUAUGGAAACUUGCUGCUGGAGACGGCGGCGGCGACAGCCAGAGGGCUCCCGGCGGCAGGAGCGGCGGCGGCGGCGCCCAGACCCUCGCCCAUUCCCAGGCGCAGGACGCGCGCAGCCUCUCCACGCGCCACGAGGGCCAUCGCUGGUCGCAGCUCCAGGAGGGUGCAAAAAUAAACAAAGCUUCAUAAUCACCCCAAGACGACAUAGAGCAAAGAUGAAUGAUAUUUCCCAAAAGGCUGAGAUUCUGCUUUCUUCAUCUAAACCUGUCCCAAAAACCUAUGUGCCAAAACUUGGCAAAGGUGAUGUAAAGGAUAAGUUUGAAGCCAUGCAGAGAGCCAGGGAAGAAAGAAAUCAAAGGAGAUCUAGAGACGAAAAGCAAAGAAGAAAAGAACAAUAUAUUAGAGAGAGAGAAUGGAACAGGAGAAAACAGGAGAUUAAAGAAAUGCUUGCUUCUGAUGAAGAGGGAGAGGUAUCUUCUAAAGUAGAUAAAGCUUAUGUUCCCAAGCUAACAGGAACUGUUAAAGGUAGAUUUGCUGAAAUGGAGAAACAAAGACAAGAGGAACAAAGGAAGAGAACAGAGGAGGAACGAAAACGCAGAAUUGAGCAGGAUAUGUUAGAAAAAAGGAAGAUACAACGUGAAUUAGCAAAAAGGGCUGAGCAGAUUGAGGACAUAAACAAUACGGGAACUGAAUCAGCAUCAGAGGAAGGAGAUGAUUCACUACUUAUAACAGUGGUUCCUGUGAAAUCACACAAAACAUCUGGAAAAAUAAAGAAUUUUGAGGAUCUAGAAAAAGAAAGAGAAGAAAAAGAAAGGGUCAAGUCUGAAGAAGAUAAAAGAAUAAGAUAUGAAGAACAACGACGGUCUCUCAAGGAAGCAAAGUGUCUUUCCCUGGUCAUGGAUGAUGAACUGGAUGAUGAGGCAAAAAAAGAAUCAACUUCUCCUGGAAAACUGAAGCUAACCUUUGAAGAAUUAGAAAGACAAAGGCAAGAAAAUCGAAGGAAGCAAGCUGAAGAAGAAGCAAGACAACGUUUAGAAGAAGAGAAGCGUGCUUUUGAAGAAGCAAGGCAGCAAAUGGUAAAUGAAGAGGAGGAAAACCAAGACACAGAAAACAUUUUUAAAAGGUACCGCCCUGGGAAACUCAAACUCAGUUUUGAAGAGCUGGAAAGACAAAGGAGAGAAGAGGAAAAAAGGAAAGCAGAAGAAGAAGCCAGAAGGAGAAUAGAGGAGGAAAAGAAGGCAUUUGCUGAAGCACGGAGAAGCAUGGUAGUAGAUGAUGACUCCCCAGAGAUGUAUAAAACAAUCUCUCAAGAAUCUCUUACACCGGGAAAACUGGAAUUUAAUUUUGAAGAAUUAUUAAAACAAAAAAUGGAAGAAGAAAAACGACGAACAGAGGAAGAACGGAAGCAUAAGCUAGAAAUGGAAAAACAGGAAUUUGAACAACUGAGACAAGAAAUGGGAGAGGAAGAGGAAGAAAAUGAAACCUUUGAAUUGAGCAGGGAAUAUGAAGAAUUAAUCAAAUUGAAAAGGAGUGGCUCCAUUCAAGCUAAAAAUCUAAAAAGCAAGUUUGAAAAAAUUGGACAGUUGUCUGAAAAAGAAAUACAGAAAAAGAUAGAAGAAGAACGAGCAAGAAGGAGAGCGAUUGACCUUGAAAUUAAAGAGCGAGAAGCAGAACACUUCCAUGAGGAUGAAGAUGUUGAUGUCAAGCCUGCAAAAAAAAGUGAGGCUCCGUUUACUCAUAAAGUGAAUAUGAAAGCUAGAUUUGAACAAAUGGCUAAGGCAAGAGAAGAAGAAGAACAAAGAAGAAUUGAAGAACAAAAGUUACUACGCAUGCAGUUUGAACAAAAGGAAAUUGAUGCAGCACUACAGAAGAAAAGAGAAGAGGAGGAAGAAGAGGAGGGUAGCAUCAUGAAUGGCUCCACUAUUGAAGAUGAAGAGCAAACCAGGUCAGGAGCUCCGUGGUUCAAGAAGCCUCUGAAAAACACAUCGGUUGUAGAUAGUGAGCCUGUUAGAUUUACAGUUAAAGUAACAGGAGAACCCAAACCAGAAAUUACAUGGUGGUUUGAAGGAGAAUUAUUGCAGGAUGGAGAAGACUAUCAAUAUAUCGAAAGAGGAGAAACUUACUGCCUUUAUUUGCCAGAAACUUUCCCAGAAGAUGAAGGAGAGUAUAUGUGUAAAGCUGUCAACAAUAAAGGCUCUGCAGCUAGUACCUGUAUUCUUACAAUUGAAACUGAUGACUACUAGCUCCCCUUCCCUCUGCCUGGAACUCUCUUCCUCUCUCCGACUUUCUUACUACAUCCAUCUUUUCUGUGGCGGGGCCAAAAAAGGAAACCAGAAGUGCCACUAUGUUGACUUCUAAUUCCUUUUCAUAUCAGUCUUCAAAACACAAGCUCAUCUAAAGAAAACCUUCCUCCUUUCCAAAUGAGCACCAGAUUCAUCACCAAUUAUGCAUAAGUUAAUGUGCAUUUAAUGGGGAAAGUGGGAAAUUUACUCAAUUAUAUCAGAACUUAGGCUGUGCAUUUACCGUAAGUUCACAGCAAUGUUUAAAAGUAUCAAAAACACCACAUUAUUUUGCAUGAAAGAAUGCCGUCAAUGAGCUAUUUACACCUAAAAUUAGUCUGAAAUAGCCGAGACAAUGAAUUUGGAACCUAUCAAUUUGAGUGGGAGUUUUCCCUUAGUACAUAAUUUUGGUUGUAGUUUCAGAGCCUUUGUGAAGCAGAUAUAGGAGGGGGUUGGGAUAUCACUCUUUUUAUGGGAAAGGAGGAGAAUGGAGAAAAACACAAAAUUAAAGACUUCUAAGAAACAAAUGCCAGAGAAAACUGGAUGAAAACCACUGCCUAUACAGAGUUCUGAGUGUUGAGAAUAUUGAAUGUACUUUUCCAAUGUGUGUAAUAUAUGCUCAAGCUUAUAAAACAAAUUUAUGUUGUGA